AUGGCAGUAGUGAGAAGUUGGUGGGUUGGCCCUAUCUGUAUUGGGGGAGAUAUGAAUGUUGUACGAUCUAGCGAGGAGAGGAAUCGUGGAGAUGGUAAUAGCAGAAAUACAGCGUUGCUAAACAAUUACAUUCUGGAGCACGAGUUAAUUGACCAGCCCUUGAUUGGUGGUUCCUUCACUUUGUCGAAUAAUCAAGUUAAUCCUCUUUUAUGCAGGCUUGAUCAUUUCUUAUUUAGCCAUGAUUUUGAAGAGGUUUUUCCGAAUGCUUUACAGGUUAUUUUGACUAGAACAAUACCUGAUCACAACCCAUCAAUGGUUAUUUCAGAACCGAUAAUAUCGUCUAAGCCGUAUUUCAAGAUAGAUAGGCUAUGGAUAGAGUAUAAGGACUUUGCUCCUAAUGUGAAGCGCUGGUGGGAGGUUAUGGCUUAUACCGGAAGUGCAAGUACACGUUUCUUUUUGAAGCUUGAAAACUUGAAACACCUUGGAGAAUUCAGGAGUUUGGGCAAGUUUCAAGGGAAAAAUCUGAGCUUACAGGUCGGAUUCAUGAGCUUAACAUAUUGGAGGAAACAGGUGCACUUCAACAUUCUCAGUUGGAGGAGAGAACUCAGUAGGCAGACAGAUUAUGACUUGAGCGUGAUUUUUCGGAGGAAGAAGUUUGGGAUGUGGUGUAACAAAUCUCCGGGACCGGAUAACUUCACUGCUGAGUUCUUUAAGAAUUGUUGGAGCACGGUAAAAGAAGACUUCAUGAAUCUAGUCAAAGAUUUUCACAGGAUUUUAUCCAAGUUACUUGCGAAUCGUCUGAAGAAGGUGAUGCUAGUUCUUAUUUCUGAUUUCCAAGGGGCUAUUAUUCACGGUAAACAAAUUCUUGAUGGUGUUCUAAUUGCCAAUGAGUGUGUGGAUAGCAGAUUGAAGGCUAGGAAACCUGGAAUUCUGUGGAAGAUUAACAUGGAGAAAGCUUUUGAUAAUGUUAAUUGGCAAGGUUUAUUCACAAUCUUACAGAAGCACGAUUUUGGCGUCAAAUGGAUUUCUUGGAUCAAAUGGUGUGUAACUUCUACUCAUCUAUCUCUUCUUGUGAAUGGUGGUUCGACUGAAAAUUUUAAACCAAGUAAGGGUUUGAGACAGGGGGAUUCAUUAUCACCGUAUUUGUUUCUUCUGGUGGUCGAAAUUCUUUCCAAGUUAAUAAAUGAUGCGGUUGAAAGAUGUCAGAUUUAUGGUUUCAAAGUGGUGGAUCACGACAAGAGUAUUAUGAUUAGUGUGGGAGCCGAUGGGGUGAUUGAUGCUUUAGCUAGAGAGCUAGGUUGCAAGACAGAAAUAUUGUCGUUUACUUACCUUGGGAUGCCGAUUGGUGCACAUUGGAGCAACACAUCAGUUUGGGAACAUGUUUUGAUUAGAAUGGAGCAAAAGCUAGCGUCAUGGAAGAAAAGACAACUUAAUAAAGCAGGUAGAUUAAUUCUCAUUAAGAGUUGUCUUGCGAGCUUGCCAAUUUAUUAUUUGUCUCUUUUUCACUUACCUUUGAGCGUGGAGAAAAGAAUGAUUAAGAUUAUGCGCAACUUUUUGUGGGGUGCGGUGCAAGGUAGAAUGAAAUUAGUGUGGGUUUUUUGGAAGAAGCUUUGUGUUCCUAAGGUGAUUGAGGGUUUAGGUGUGAAAAAUUUGAGGAAGAUUAAUCAAUCAUUGCUAGUAAAGUGGAUUUGGAGAUUUUCGAAGUCCAAAACUAGUCUUUGGAGAAAGUUAGUAAAUGAAAAAUUUGCUCAUAAUAGUGAAUUAUUAAUUCCUGAUGUGGAUAAUAAGCCACAUGGUAGGAGUUUGUGGAAGAACGUUACUAGCAUGGUGACGACGGUACAAAAUAUGGCGACUUUCACGGUAAGAAAUGGUAAAGGCAUCCGCUUUUGGAAGGAUCGUUGGCUAGACAUAGGAAAAUUGCAAGACUUGUUUCCAGUUUUUUACAAGGCGGUGAAGGCUAAGGACGCAACAAUUUAUGACAUGAUAGAAAAUGGAGUUUGGGUUUGUGAUUUUAAGAGACCAUUAAAUUUGAAUGAGCAAUUAGAAUUAAGGGUGCACACGGAAAUUAAGUUAAAUAUGUCAGAAUUGUUGAUUUUUGAAUAA